CAGCCCUGCCUGCAGUUGAGCACAAAGACCAGGAGGAGACUCCCACGUCCUAUAGGGAGGAGAAAGGAGGCAGCGAAGCAGAUUAAAGAACUUGCGGCGUGUGGCCUUUCUGUGCAGGGGCGGCCCGGAAAGGGGGAGGAAAGUGCAUCGGCGCCCCGUGGCGGUUAAUGAGCUGCGAGAUGAGGCGCCGCCGCUGCUGCUGACCCCGCGACCCUUACCCGCCUCCGGCCCCGCUCCGGGUACAUGUGUCUCUCGAGGCCGUCCGCAGGCGCCCAGCAGAGCAGCCACCACGGCCGCCGGGGAGAGACCGCCCGCCAUGCCCACGGAGAGCCUGCAGACGGGCGGCAUGGUGAAGCCGGUCAGCCCCGCGGGCACGUUCACCUCGGCCGUGCCGCUGCGCAUCCUGACCAAGGGGCCCGACUACUUCCGCCGGCAGGCCGAGCCCAACCCCAAGAGGCUGAGCGCGGUGGAGCGGCUGGAGGCCGACAAGGCCAAGUACGUGAAGAGCCAGGAGGUGAUCAACGCCAAGCAGGAACCCGUGAAGCCGGCCGUGCUGGCCAAGCCGCCCGUGUGCCCGGCCGCCAAGCGCGCGCUGGGCAGCCCCACCCUCCGGGUGUUCGGCAACCACGCCAAGCCCGAGGGCGGCGUGCAGAGGGAGACGCUCAAGCUGGAGAUCCUCAAGAACAUCCUCAACAGCUCCGAGGGCUCCAGCGCGGGCUCGGGCCACAAGCACGGCCCCCGAAACUGGCCGCCGCCCAGGCCCGACGGGCCUGACCUGCACCGGCACUCGUUCGCCGAGUCGCUCAAGGUCUACCCCACGCAGGGCCGCGGCAGCCCCCAGGAGAGCGGCUCCCACGUGGGCAGGCGGCUGCUGGAGCCGUCGGCCGAGUCCUUCCUCCACGUGUCGCACAGCUCCUCGGACAUCCGCAAAGUGACCAGCGUGAAGCCCCUCAAGGCCAUCCCCUGCAGUAGCUCCGCCCCGCCCCUGCCGCCCAAGCCCAAAAUCGCAGCCCUCACCACCACGAAGUCCCCCGAGGCCGAGCCGCUGGAACCCGCCUGUGGAGUCAGCCGGAGGCCCUCCCUCCAGCGGUCCAAAUCAGACUUGAGUGACAGGUAUUUCCGAGUGGACGCAGACGUGGAGAGGUUCUUCAACUACUGCGGACUGGACCCGGAAGAGCUGGAAAACCUGGGGAUGGAAAACUUUGCAAGGGCUAAUUCCGACAUCAUCUCGCUCAACUUCCGCAGCGCAAGCAUGAUCAGCUCAGACUGUGAACAGUCUCAGGACAGUAACAGUGACCUUAGAAAUGAUGACAGUGCCAAUGACCGGGUGCCAUAUGGCAUUUCCGCCAUCGAAAGAAAUGCUAGAAUCAUCAAGUGGUUAUAUAGCAUCAAACAAGCUAAAGAGUCACAGAAGGUCUCCCACGUGUAAGAGACACGGUGGUGGAGAGAAGAGGGGGUGGGUCUCCUGUCUGUGCAUACGCAGUUGUGAGGGUUGUGAGGUCUCCUUGAGGUGUUGUGAGCUUCUCACUCUUUGUGUUGCUCGUUGUGCAAUGUUUUCGAGUUGCAUGCCUGUCAACCUGGGGACUGACCUGGCUUCCGCGUCACCAUCGCUGCAGAUCCUGGCUGUGAAUACGCGUCAUCUGCCAAAAGUUAACAGCCAGAAUCUAAUUUGGGCUUGCCUUUAAGCAAAACUGUUUACACAAAAACGGUAUAUACACCUUAAAUAUUUAUGUGAUUCUUGUUUUUAUAUCCCGCGCUAUUGUGUCUUAAUUAAAAGUUUUAUCAACUGGCUUUUAAGUUGAGAGCAGAAUCUUUUUGAAAUAAAAAGCCACUUUGCCGACCUGUGAAACCGUAACAGUGGGAGAAUAAACGGGAUCUGCUACCAAAACAGAGAGCAACUGACGGAACAGCACAGAACCAGGCUGGGUUUUCUGUGGAAUAAAGUAGUGAGCCUGACGUUUAUUGUUUACAUGUUGAAAUUCUCUUGCCCCUUACUGAAGCAAUCGUUGGGUAACAGUGCAACGUUUUGUGUCCAAGUCAGUGUGUAAAUAAUGGCAGUUCUGUGUGAUAUCCUCAGAAGAGAAGACCAGAUAACAAUGAAGGAUGGUUAAAUCUAGGAAGUUGGGUGUUUUGGGGGGAGGGGUUGAUGUUCUGAUUUGGGAUAAUUCAGAAAUUUCUAGCAUUAACCUGUUAACAAGAAUGGCCACCCUAAAACAGAUACUGAAUACCUUAUAAGAAAAAAGUUGUGGGUUUGUUUUGUUUUGUUUGUUUCCUGAGUCAAGAACUACUAAUUUCAUGCUCUUUGUCUCUCCCUCUCGUUGUUGUUCUAUUUGGGGAAGAGGGUAGGCCUUGUGCAGGUUUGAGCUAUCUGAAGACACGAGCAAAAAUCGGAAAUACCAGCCAUAUCAGUAAGGCCUCCCGUUCCAGAGGGAACGUGAACCUAUCUGAGCAGCGUGAUUCUGUUGUCUUGAAUAUGUCAUUCUCUCAGGCUGUGGGUCUUUCUUAACAACUCUAAGAAACUGUAGAAGCGUGACACUAUGUAGCUUUUCCACCCCCUGGUUUCUAGUGCUGCCUAUCAACUGUUCCCCCUUCCCCAUAACCUGUCUUCCAGAAGGUUGGAUCAGCUGUUAACCAUCUGAUGGCAUGGUGUGGCCAUAGGGGCACAGGCCUGCAGUUGGUCUGCCUGGUUGCCAUACCCUGAAAUUCCCAGCAGCACUACCUUAGACUCCAUCAGCUAAUAGGAAACUUUUUACGGUGUAAAUGCUGUAAGACUUUGUACAUACUUCAGUUGUUACGAAUCUAAGAAAACAAAAGCAGAAGUUAUGCUAAUAAAUCACUCUGGUGCAGGCA